UUGCGUUUUGGGUUUCUAGAACUAGAACCAAUCGAAAUCCUUUCUGUCAUAACAUAACAAAAUGAUCUUCACAUUUUCAUCUCAAGCUGAAAUUUAACUCACCAUUUUCUCCCACCUCUCUCUCUCUCUCUCUUCUCUUCUCUUCUCUUCUCUUCUCUCUUUGAAACCCUAAUUUCAACUCGCCGUACUCUCUCUCCUCCUCUCUCUCCAAACCAAACCCAGAUGACAAGAUCAGUGAGCAAAGUGGAUCAAAUUGGUGCACAGAUGUAGAGAACGAUGGAAGCUAAUUUGUGUGAUAUUAACCACUUGGAUUCCGAUGUCCUUUUGCCUCCUCGAAAACGGCUUCUUGCCGGACUGAAGAAACAGAAUUCCGAUGUCAACUCCCACCAGCUGCCGACUUCUAGUAACUCGACUGAAUUAAACUCCCAUCUUAGUAGAUUGAUGAGAUCUCAUUUGAGUAACCCUAAUUUUUCACAUGAUGAGAUUGUGGAGUCGUCAAGAUUAGCGGUUGUUGCCACAGCUAAGGUGGCAAAAGCUGCAAGGGUUGUGGCUGACGAGAAAGCUGCAAUAGCAGCAAAGGCAAUUGCUGCUGCAAAGAGUGCUUUGGAACUGGUUGCAACAGUUUCUGAGGCGGCAACUAGUAAUGAAAGAUACUUGAAGAAGAAUAAGAUGAAGAAGCAAGUUCCUGUUAAGAUGUUGUACAAUAAUCACCGUCGUGUUCAGAAUUGCAAGGCGGAUGAAGAGUUAGCCCGUAAUUUGCAUAGAGUCAUCAAUAGUUCCCCAAGAAUUUCCAAGAGUUCUCCAACUUCUGAAUCGAAGAAUAACAAACAUAAGAGACUGAAGGGCUUGUGUGAUUCGGACAAAAUUAGGGAUUCAAAUGGAGGUGUAGUUUGGGACAGAAACGCCACUUCAAAAAGCAACGGGAAUGGGGUAACCAUCAAGGAGGGAUACACUGUUAGAGUAGAUGACAAGAUAUCAAAAUUCUUUAAGACAGAUAGGUUAAAGAUGGGAAAUGGGGAAGCAGAAACAAGCCAGUCAAAAGAAAAGAUGUUGGAAUCACCAGAUGAUAUAUGUAGAAAGAGGGGAAGACUUAAGCAGAAAAAAUUGCCAUUAAGCAUUUGUACCUUUAGGGAUCGGGGUAGUCCGAAGGAAGAGCUGAAAUCUGAGAGCUCUCCCUCUACUGAAGACAACACUGGCAAACCUACUUCGAAUAAUAAGCCCUUGAUGCCAAUUGAGACAUCAUCAAUGUGGAAGUGUCAAGCUUUCAAAGCACCGGCGUGUGUCAAACAAAACAAAGUCGUGCAGUCGUGAUGUUCCUAUCCUACUGCCAUGAUAUGCGGCUACAAGAUAGAAGUUGUUAGCCGAGGUAGGAUUCAUUUAUGCUUUUUUCCCAUGCAUAUGGUUCUUUUUUGGGUUUUUUGAUUUUCUUUUCUGUUUGUCUGUGGCUAUGUAAUAAAUUUGAACUCACUUGAAUGUAUAUUUAACUGUUGAAUUGCCCUCA